GCUAAAAUCUCUAUACGAAUUAUGAACCCCGGAGUAUUGCCUCUAGGGAUGACUAUUGGAGAAAUGGCAAGUGUAGUGAAUGAUACCAGGAAUAUUAUAACGAUACAGAGACCAGUCUCGGGACUGAAGUUUAAUUACAAGUCUAUUAUAAAAAUUAGUACAUCGCGGUCGAUUGGAUUUGAACUAUCACGUGGGACAAACUCGAGCUGUGAUUGGUUGUUUACUGGAAAUAAG